AAGUCUCAGUUUUUGUAAGGCCGCAAGCAGCAGCAACUCCCAGAUUGUCGCAGUUGCGUUUCAGCCGUAGAGACGUAAGGACACUGCUGACGCUCGCCAAAGCAAAGUCAAUAAUUUGAAUAUCUCACAGAUCAAAUUCAUACUAAGUUUUAUGAAUGCUUCUUCCUGAAACAAUGACUAUCGACGAGAGACAACGCAGCACCCUGCUUGAAAAUGGGCAUUCCACUGCAAUCGGAAUUGAUGAGAGGGAAGAGAUUGCUGAAGAUAUUUUGCGGCGCACUGAGCAUUUCCAUUACAAGAAGAUGAAAUUCCAGACUUCAUGUACUAUUUUCAAAGUUUUUCUCUUCUUCAGUAUUGUCAUCGUAAUUUUAGCAGCCGGCGUUGGGCUUGGGCGUUUGUCGUCUGAUAGCAUUAUUACUGGGGGACUUCAAGGUUGCAAUGAGAGCACCAACGCCCCAGUGAACACUACCACCGCCCCAGUGACCACCACCACUCUUGAGACCACCAUCGCCCCUGUGACCACUACCACCCCGAAGCAAGGUUUAGGCAGCGAGAAUAAGAACAUCACGACGGACUUAUUUCAGGCCAAUUAUACUUACAUUAUUGCAUCCUACUAUGAAUACAACAAGAGUCAAGAGAGCUCCAGACAACGUUGCCAUGUGAUGAACACAUCUAAAGAUGAUGAAAUCAGCGUAUUCGUUGAUGAUAGUCAAGAUUCCAAAAAUAUUGAUUUGGCUCAAUUGAUUAAAAAUGCGACAAGCAAGAUCUUCAAAUGCGAUUCCAGUGGAACGUGCACUCACAAGUGCUGCACUGACUGCUGUCAACAGACUAUGUACGAAGAGGCAUAUGGAGAUAUGUGUACCUUUACAAAUUGCAAAGAUAAUAAGAGAGAGAAAGAAGUCAAGACCUUCAUUACCUCAUUGAUCUGGGUAAGUAGUCAUCUCAGGGCGGAUCCCUGCACCAUUUUUUUAGCUCGACCUUGAAACACUGAACAAUGCAAGAGCCUUAUGCCCAGCGUUUCCAUUUUCUCUCAGACUAUCUGCAAAAGCUGCAUCAAUCAUUACACCCAAUAAACAGUGCUGCGAUUGAUGAUUAGGAAAAAUAGGAGAGGAUGUAUGUAAAUUGGCCGCAAGUGGUGAGAGUAAAUCAGUGUAAAAUCUAUGGUUGUUCCGUGGUUGUGAGAUGUUCUGUAGCCCAAAGUUGCUAUUAUUUAUUUCGUUGAGAAUGGACUCUUUAUAAAAUAUGUAAAAGUCUGCAUCUUGGAAUGUUUUUUUUUGGUUUAUAACUAAACGAAUUGCGUAGUUCAGUAUAAGUGAUAGUUUUACGGAUGACAGUGGAGAGAAAUCUAAAAUUUGUUAAUUUUCAACACGGCAUUCCUACGUAAGACAUUGGCAGGCAAGACUGAAAAGCGUGUAAAUUAUAGAUUUGGACAAAUAUCCUACCGUGUACAAUUCAUAAGACAAAAAGAUUUCAAUUGAAUAAAAUGUAUAUUUGUUUAAAUUAAAAUAAAGCCGAUUAUUUACAGAUA